AUGAAAAUAGUGUUUUCGUUCAAAUAUAUUUCUGUAGCUGUUGUUAGCCUUUCAUUCGGUUUACUGGCCUCUUUCAUCUUUACUGGAAACUUGCUGACCAUCGUCAUAUUUUCCACGCGCAGACUUCGCAACCGUCCACACUUCUUGUUGAUGAGCUUGGCCACAGCAGAUUUGCUGGUCGGACUAUUAUCCAUUCCAGUUUACAUAACGUUUCACGUCCACUACACCACAAGAUUCUUUAUUGUUGUGUUUGACUGUAUCGACAUGUUUUCUGGGCUCGCAUCGAUCUUCACCGUCACCUUAAUCUUUCUGGAAAGAAUGCAUGCCAUAAGUUGGCCGCUACGUCACCGGUCGCUAAGUAACAGGAUCUAUGUUGCUGGCAUUGCUUUACCGUGGAUUUUAGCUGCAAUGGUUACGUCGACAAGACUCUUGUUACACUUUUCUAUUAUAACCCGGUGUCAUUUUGUCAUCCUUAUAAUAAUUUCUUUGAGCAGUCCGCUUACUAUAACGAUUUGCUGUUAUCGCUCCAUCUGGAAAAAUAUAAAAUCUCGACUACUAAAUCCACAUAGAACCGGAAGUGACGAGAAGCUAAUCAAGACUUUAAUGUUGCUGACAGUGUGUUUCCUGGUCACGUGGCUGCCUUUUGAAGUUUUGGUUGUUUUUCUUAACUUGUGCGUUUCUUGUCGACAGCUCCCUAUGGUAGCUGUGUACAUCAUCAAGUUUUUACAUUACAGCAAUACAGUCGUUAACUUUAUUGUCUAUCCUUUAAGGAUAAAUGAGUUUAAAGAGACGCUUGUAAAUCUCUUUCCGUGGAAGAGAGGAGAGCAAAUGUCGCAGUUUAGUAGUGGCAUCACUGUGCUUUCAAUGACAACCUUAACAGGUACUUUUCAUUCCUUAAGUUUCGACCCGACAGAAGAGACUUGGCAACUAUAA